CUUGGUGUCUGCCGUCCUACCUGAACUGUUCUUCGCUACGGAGUUUGUCAAAGUUUUAGCGGCUGUUGUGCCCACCCAAUGUCGGGGCAUACGCAGCCGCGGGUGCUUGAAGCACCACCCGCGUCCGACUACGCAAAAGGUUCGUCGACUCAGUAUUUUGGUGGUCCUGUGGCCAACACGCCUCCAGGAGUGACGCCGCCGCACCCGCAGCAGUCCCGGGUGGGAGUAUUCUCGACCUUCCCAUCUCGCGACCCAUCACCCUGGGUGUCCUCCCAGCCGCGCGUACACGCCGGCCCGCCACCCGAAAGGAGCAGCCGCGCAACCCAGGCGUGUGCUCGUUGCAGAGGUCUUAAGACGAGAUGCAACGGGACGGAUCCCUGCGAAGGCUGCAGAAGCAAGAAUACCAAAUGCACAUACCCUGCCCCGAGACGCAAUCCUGGAGAUCUGGGUGAUCUGGUAAGGCUGAAGUCGACCGUGGAGCGCCUGGAAACGACCGUGGAGCGCCUGGAAAAAAAGAUGGACGACCUCGGGAGCGUGAAAAUCCAGAUCGCGAGGAUCGAAGAAAAAUGCGACAACCUCUCAAAGCUCUGUCAGGGAAUGUACGACAACCUCUCGAGGCUCAACCAGGGAAUAAGCGACAGUUUUGCCAAGCAAACGGACAUGAAGCAGCUCGCGAUGCUUGAGAAAUUAAGCACUCUGGCCGCGGGUCUCGAAGGUCUCCGGGGCGAUAUCGGUACACAGUCCCCAAUGCUCACGACGGAGUCACUGGGCACGGUGGACCCUAGGAUAGCCGCGUUCCUGCCCAUGACCGCUGCUAGAACGGCACAGUUGUGCCCGGAGAUCACGUACAUGUAUGGAGGAGGAUUCCCUAGGGUUAUAACUGGACUGAUGGAUCAACCACUGCCGCCAUGUUCCCUCCCGACACCGCCAACCGUAUCGUUCACGCUCGAGGCCAGCAGCGCACACGCAGCCAGUGGGGAAGUGCGCCUAGACUGCUCCUACGGUCUUCCGGGCCCUUCACCGCCAGGCAUAACCGGUCAUUCCGAGCCCGAUGCCUUCAACCCGUUCUCUGCCCAUGCUCCGGACGAAUAG